GCCUAUGUGAAAGCCAAUGCCACAGAGUCUCCUCAGCCCGCCGGAGGGGAACGUUACUGCAUUGAUUCGCGCGGUCAGUAAUGAAGACUCGCUGCUUUGAGGAGCAGGUUGGCCAGCAGCGCUUUCAUCAACACUUCCAGGGACCAUGCAUGAGCGGACCAUGACUCAGACAUCUGUGACAGUGAUGAAUGGAAAUGUGAAUCUGACCUGUACCACCCCGUACGAUGAGGACCGUAUUCCUCUGGUGGUGCUGUAUAGUGUGGUGCUGAUUGUGGGCCUGCCUGCCAACCUGGCCACCAUGUAUCUCACCUAUCUCCAGGUGCGGCGUAAGAACGUGCUAGGCAUCUACUUGCUUAGCCUAUCCAUCUGUGACUUCACAUACCUACUGACACUUCCCACAUGGACCAUUUAUGUCAACGGGGGGCACCGCUGGCCCUGGAGCUCACUGGCAUGUCAAAUGACGGGCUAUGUAUUCUUUACCAACAUGUACAUCAGCAUCUUCCUGCUCUGCUGUGUCUCCAUCGACCGCUAUGUGGCAGUUGUCUAUGCCGUGGAGUCACGGGGGCUCCGACGCCAGAGACUCGCCACUUUGGUUACUUUGUCAAUCUGUGUGGUGGUAGGCCUGGGCCAUGCUCCAGUUUUUAGCAUGCGUGAGGGCAAUGCUGCCAUAGGAGAGCGUCGCUGCUUUGAGCCAAGCCAAAGCACAGCCACCAUCACAGGUUUCAACUAUGCCCGCUUCUGCCUGGGCUUCUUUGCCCCACUUGCUGUGCUGAUCUUCACUAACCGGGCCAUCCUUGCCAAUGUGCGGGCCAGCACUGGUCUACGACCCUGCCAGAAGGAUAAGGUGCGCCUCCUGGCUGUAGCCGUUGUGUUGCUGUUCCUGAUCUGCUUUGGUCCGUACCACAUCAUCUUGCUAAUGCGUGCAGUUACCUACCACUUCCCCCACCUGCAGGAGGACUGCCACUUUGAGCGAUGUGUCUACACGCCCUACACCAUCUCACUGGGCCUGUCCACCAUCAACAGUGCCAUUAACCCUAUCCUGUAUGUGCUAUCUAGCGACAACAUCCAUAAGGAGAUCAGGAGCUGUGUGGCUGGGUUUUGGACCCGCACUGCACUCCGUCAGCGCUCCACAGAGAGCAGCCAGCACAAGAUGCAGAACUCCAAAAACUCUUCAGACAUGCUUCCUACACAAGACCAGGACAAGACCAGGACACCUACUCCAUGCUAGUUUUGCAAGCGUUAAUGACAGUAUUUCAUGGCACGUCAAAACAUGUCUAUGUUAGAGCUGACAGGAAAGAUGACGUAAAUGGAAAAAUACCAAAAAGUCUGCCUGGAAGUGAAUCAGAGGAUGAGUGAACAGUAUUACUGCAAUAUAUGGACAAUACACGGACAAUUACAGCUAUGUUUUUUUUUUGAGGUAUUUGAGUUUGCUCAUUAGCAACAUAUGAACAGAGUGACACAAAACACAUUUCCUCAGCGUUAAGCAAUAUGAAGGUAUCGCAAGACAUUUAGUUACAAUAAGCUUUUUUGAACAUGUCGUUUUAUAUCGCCACUGACCAACUGCAUGUUUCAGUAAAAAGGGCUUUAGACCCAAGGGGUGUAGGAUUGACUCUCCAGAGAAUGCAAGUUCAUGUUUUUAAUUACAUUUCAUUUCAAUAUGUCACUGUUGUUUGGCUGGAGCAUUGUCUGUUCCAGCUUAUCAAAAAUAAGUGUUCAUGAUAUGUGAAAAUUUCUUCUAGUAUCACAAUAUGCACUGCUAUACUUGAGUCCGUUGCUGAUUGCUAGCAUACAUAGUUACAUACACUCCUUACAGUUUGUUAUGGUUCAAAAAUUUGUACUAGACUGUGACUAUAUGAUAAUGUGCAGUUGUUGUGCACAUUUAUUUCAGAGGAAGUUUUCAGGGUGUUUUGUAAUAAUUAUCAAAAACAGUUGGUGUUGAACUGCAUGCUCUCAAUACCAACAUCUCAAUUUUUAGUGCUGUUUUUGUUGGUGUUCUCAAAAAUGCCUGAAUAUUCUUAAAGAUGUAUUGUAUUUGUUUGAUAAGUUAAGCCUACGCUUAACAACAGCUUUGGGACUGAUUUCUCCAUUUCUGGGUGUAAUGUAUUUCAUUUUUAUGCAUUUAUAUGUUUUGUAUAACUGGUUUUAUACAUAAAAUGCAUUUAGUAGCAAAA